GCGGGCCCGGGCCCGGGCGUGCGCGGGGCGUUCCGGUUCCGGCASCGCGGGGUCGCCAUGGCGAGCAACGCCGCCAGCCUGAACGCCGUCAGGGAGACCAUGGACGUUCUGUUUGAGAUCUCAAGAAUAUUAAACACUGGCUUGGAUAUGGAGACAUUGUCAAUUUGUGUGCGGCUUUGUGAGCAAGGGAUAAAUCCAGAAGCAUUAUCAUCUGUUAUUAAAGAACUGCGUAAGGCUACAGAAGCUCUGAAGGCUGCUGAAAAUAUGACAGGCUGACAUGGGAGAAGACCUCUGCAUGAGAAGAAUGUCAAGUUAAAGUUAACAGGAGCUCUGAAGAUUGGCACUAUUAAGAAAAAAAAUGUGUAUGUGAAGGUUUCAGAGUAUUUGUGUAAUAUUCUUCAAAAGAAUGGUGUAUAUAAUAGCUUUGAGAAGUUUUUAAUAAGUAAGUUCASUGGUAUAUUAUUAUUUGGUAUUUUUGUCAACUGUUUGUAAAUGAGUGCAAUUGUUCUUUGGCAUCCAGUACUUCUAAAAUCAUGCCAGAUAUUGUACAUUUGUUGGAKUUACUAGUGUGUACCAACAAAUAUUGUUAUGAUGAGUGUAGCUUGUUAAUGCAUCCUUUAGAAGUGCUAGUAUAUGCUGGGUUUUAUCUCUUGCUUUGAUGAAAAACUACAUGUACAAUUUUAGUCUUGCUUUACGGUCCAGAUAGGAAUGAAGUCCAUACUGACUUUAUUUUAGAGUAAGGGCGGUAACUUAAGUCUCAAGCUGAAAGUAAUAAAUAAAGCAUUUUUUUUUAAUAAUGUAGGUAAUGAAUUGUCAUUUUAAUUUUGAUUCAAAUUUGUAGGGAAACUGUUUAACUUAGAUAAAAAAAAGUUCUUCAGCUACCUAUGUACAUAUGUGUGUAAAUUUAAAAUCUGGAUGACAUGGAAUAUUUCACAGAGAGCAGAUGCGACAUUUGUUAUACCUGUUCUGSCUGCUGGAUCUAAAAAUAUUAAGGCUGUAUUGUUACUGCAGUACAAUAGUUAAUGUGUAUAUGAGAAGCAUCAGAUUUGGYUGAAUGUUAUCAACAAAACUUAAACCGCUGGUUGGUAUAGGUUCUCACUUAGCACUGGAAACCUUCAGUGAUGCCAAAACAAGUGUUAAUUUCCUAAUUGUACUUCAUAAAAAAAUAGUUUCUUGUGUGUUCUUCAUCUGCUGUUUAAGCUUUUUUUUACUUUAAGCUUUUUUGAUUUUUUUGUUAUGCUGGUUUCAGAGCAUAGUGCUAAUGGCACCUAAAGCAACCUGCAGGGUUAAUAGGGCAAAGCGCAUUUGGAAAUGAACCUGAAAUCUUAGUUAAGCUGAAAGCUAUAUUUGUGCAGAGAUAAAAAGUUCUUUUUGCUUUAAGAGUUUACAUGGUAUACGCUCCAGGUCAUAGCUCUACAAAAAGCAAUAAAGGAAGCUAAAUACUUCAUAUUGCUGGCAAAGAGAAGAGAAAAAGUAUUUAUAUUGCACUGAAUUACUUACUUUUAUUUCCAGUUAGCCUGGCCAAAAAGUCAUUUAAGGAAGCUGCUAUAAAAACUUCUGGAUGACCAACCCAGGGAAUUUUUAAGUGGUGUCAUUUUGCACACUCACAGCAUCAAUUUACAAAGGACUUUAAAUGUUCUUUACAUGAAUGUUGGCUGCAUGACAAGAUAUCAGUAAUGAAAUUUAUCUUAGGAAAUCUGAAAAUUCAGUAAAAUGUCAUGAAAACUCCAGGUCAGAUGAGCACAAACAAGAAAUUAGCUCUCUUACUUACUUUUCUCUAGACUCUAUAAUAAAGUGUCAAAAAUGAGAAAAGACUUGGGGAGCAUUCUUGCUGUUCUCAGGAUUCACAUAUAAGUCUAUGAUAUUCUCUUGUGUAACUUAAACUCUGAAAGUUUUCUGUAAACGAUAGCAAAUGUAAUAAAUAAUAAUGACGUUUUAUUUAAAUGCAUGUUUC